UCCCCGCGGCGUGCGCCCCCUCCCGCCCGACGCGCCCCCGGCGGCGGCCGCGCAGCCCUGGCUCGGCGCGGGCUCAGGCGGCGGCUGCGGAGGAGCCAUGGCGAGCGGCGGCGGGGGCGCGGGUGGGGGCCUGGGGCUGGGCUUCGGCGGCGGCCUGGGCCUGGACCUCAGCCUCGGCAUGGGUGAGGCCGCCGGCGAGGCGGAGGAGGAGGCGGCGGCGGCGGCCGAGGCGGUGGGGCGUCUGGCCACCGCGCUGCGGCUGCGGCUCCGCGGCUGGGAGGCGGCGCUGGCGGCGGCGCAGCGCCUGCUGGUGUGGGAGCAGCCGCUGCACAGCCUGGUGACGGCGGCCGCGCUCAACGGCCUCUUCUGGCUGCUGUCGUCGUCCUCCCUGCGGCCCGUCUUUCUGCUCAGCGUCUCGCUCUUGGCCUAUUUCCUGCUGGACCUCUGGCAGCCUCGCUUCCUCCCCGACGUCCCGGCAUCAUCUCCGGAGGAGCCACACUCCGACAGUGAGGGUGCGGGGUCAGGCUCCCGGCCGCACCUGCUGAGUGUGCCCGAGUUGUGCAGAUACCUGGCUGAGAGCUGGCUCACCUUCCAGAUUCACCUGCAAGAGCUGCUGCAGUACAAGAGGCAGAAUCCAGCCCAGUUCUGCGCUCGAGUCUGCUCCGGCUGUGUGGUGCUGGCUGUACUGGGCCACUAUGUCCCAGGGAUUAUGAUUUCCUACAUUGUCUUGCUGAGCAUCCUGCUGUGGCCCCUGGUGGUGUAUCAUGAGCUCAUCCAGAGGAUGUACACGCGCCUGGAGCCCCUGCUCAUGCAGCUGGACUACAGCAUGAAGGCAGAAGCUGAUGCCCUGCACCACAAGCAUGACAAGAGGAAGCGCCAGGGGAAGAACGCGCCCCCUGAAGGAGACGAGCCGCUGGCGGAGACAGAGAGUGAGAGCGAGGCAGAGCUGGCCAGCUUCUCUCCAGUGGUGGAUGUGAAGAAAACAGCGCUGGCUUUGGCCAUUACAGACUCAGAGCUGUCAGACGAAGAAGCUUCUAUCUUGGAGAGUGGCGGCUUCUCUGUGUCCCGGGCCACAACUCCACAACUCACUGACGUCUCAGAAGAUUUGGACCAGCAGAGCCUGCCGAGUGAGCCCGAGGAGGCCCUGAGCCGGGAGCUGGGAGGAGAGGAGCCAGAGCUGGCCCCUCCCGAAGACCUGCUGAGCCCCCCUCAGGUUCUCUCAAAGCCAGUCCUGGACUCUGAGGAGGAGGGGGAAGAGGCAGCAGCCAAGGAAACCUUGCUCCGCCUCUCAUCCCCCCUUCACUUUGUAAACACACACUUCAACGGGGCAGGAUCUCCCAUAGACGGAGCAAAACUCCCCACCACUGGAGGACCAGGGCUGGUGGAGACGCUGACCCCGGAGGCAGUGAGCGGUGACCUCACCACUCCCCCUGGCCCCCCGGCACCCUUACACUGCCUUGCUGAAAGCGAUCUGGCCCCCUUCCCCGCAGCGCACCCCUCUCCUUCCCAGGACUCACCCCAGCCUCCGCCCGCCCCCGAGGAAGAAGAGGCACUCACCACUGAGGACUUCGAGUUGCUGGAUCAGGGGGAGCUAGAACAGCUGAAUGCGGAGCUGGGGCUGGUGGCAUCCCCAGAGCCCCCUGAUGAUCCACCUGCUCCAGCCCUUGGGCCUGACACUCUGUCUCUGGGAGAGUCAGACCAGGAGGCUCGGGCCGUGGCUGAGCCAUGAGCCCUGGAGCCGAAGCAGGAGCAGCAGCUGGAGCAGGAGCAGCAGCCGCAGGCACCUUGGGGCUUCCUGGCCAGGGCAUCACUGUUCUCUCCUCCCCCUGCUCUUCAGGGGACAGGAGCCAACGGGGCAGCUGGCUUUCAGUGGCAGUAGCCAGCUUCCCUCUGCCUGUCUGCCUGCCUGUCUGUCUGCCUGCCUGAUGUCUCGGGCCUGGUGCAGUUCCUGUGCCUGAGGUUUUCAGUUUUUAAAUCAUUUGACAUUGGGAUUAGUGGACAUGAACGCCUGCACUUGCCUCCCUGCCCCCUUCUCUCCUCUCCCUCCUCUUGCUGUGCCCCCAAAGCCCCAGUGGUCACCCCCCUCUCCUCCUCUCCUCAGGGACCUGUGCUGCUCUGUCCUCGUGUCCCAUGUGGUUGUUUAGUUGAGGCACUUUAUUGUUUCUCCCCCCCCCCCCCCCCCCCCGCUCCUCUACUCUCCAUCUCCCUGCUGUGUGUUGUCAGAGGCAGCUGCUGCUCUCCAGCUGGCCCUGGCUAAGCUUUCAGAGCCUGCCUCCCAGGCCAAGAUACAGACUCAGCUUGGGAAUAGUUAGCCACUUGGGUCACAAUAACCCUCGUAACUCCUGCACCCUCUCCCGAGUCCACCCCAGCCCCCUUCUCUCUCUCUCCUGAGGAUGGGAGAGCAAGGACCCCACAGCACAUCUCAGGCCCCAGCACUGCAUUGGUGAACAGGUGCUCUGGCCAUGCCAGGUGAGGGUGUGGGAGCUUUCUUACUACCCCAGGAAAGGAAAGGGAGACCUUCGCCCUUAGAUAAUCAAGGGUGGUCUUAACUGUGGAAGAACCCCCCCCCCCUUCGAGGGUCAGGAAGUGGGCAGUAACAUCUGUGCAGGUGAUAACUGGAAAAAUAAAGUGUUGACUGGCCGGA